UCAUGAAUUAUUGCUUGUUAUGUAACCUCAUUUCUCCCACUUUAGGUUCUGCUAUCUUACAGUCUUGCUGUGUGCUUUUUGUAAGGAGAUUCUUGAAAAUUAAUUGCUGCCAUUUUGGAAGUGAGCAGUAAACAGCAUUAGAUGCAGUGGAUGGAAGUUGAGUCCUAACGGCUACUGUGCUACCUCCAAUUAUUGAAUGCUAAAUUGCUAAAUCACAUUAACUUGAAGCCUAGGCCCCACUUUUGCAUUCUGUCAUCACACUUUUCCCCUUCUUUGCCACUCCAUUGAUGGCUCCAUUCACAUGCUCACUGACAGUUGUUGGAGUCAACACAAACAUGGUUUAAAUAAGAACACCCACAACAGUCCCACAGAUUCCUUCCACCUUCAACACAAUGUCUUCUUGCAUUGUGUUCAUCUUCUUCUCUCUCCUUCUCUCAGCCUCUUCUGCAGCCCCCAUUCCCAUCUCCCUCUUCACCACUCUCCCACACUCUGCUCAGCCUCUGCAGAGGCUGACUCAGCUAGCUUCGGCCGCGGUGGCCCGAGCUAGCCACCUCAAGAAUGGCAAGAACUCACCCCCCUCCACCACCCCUCUCUUCCCCUUCAACGGUGCUUACACCGUCUCCCUCAGCUUCGGCACCCCUCCUCAGUCGAUACCGAUGAUCAUCGACACCGGUAGCAGCUUCUCCUGGUUCCCCUGCACCAAGAGAUACGUCUGCAGAAACUGCUCAUCAUCACCUAUCUCUUCCUUCCUCCCUAAGCAGUCAUCCUCAGCUAGGUUUCUAGGAUGUAUGAAUCCCAAAUGUGGCUGGCUUCACAAGCCGUUCGACCCGAACUCCAGCUGCCGGGACUGCCAGCUGUCGUCGAAGGCGAACUGCACGCAGAUAUGCCCGCCGUACAUCCUCCUCUACGGUUUAGGCUCCACCGGUGGCGUAGCCAUGGUGGAGACCCUCACCAUGCCCCACGGGGAAAUCAAGGAUUUUCUCGUGGGCUGCUCUCUGUUCUCGUCCGGCCAGCCCGCGGGCGUGGUCGGGUUCGGGAGGGGCGUUUCGUCCCUCCCGAGCCAGCUUGGCCUCAAGAAGUUCUCGUACUGCCACGUCUCUCACAAGUUCGAUAACAGCCCUAAGAGCAGCUUCCUCAUGAUGGAUUCGGAUUCGGAUUCAGGCGCGAAGACGGCCGAGCUCAGCUACACGCCGCUGCUGAAGAAUCCGGCGCGGGACGACGAGGGUAGCGCGGUCGCGGACUACUACUACGUCGGGUUGAGGAGGAUCGUCGUCGGAGGGAGGAAGGUCGAGGUUUCGUACCGGGACCUCGUCCUGGACUCGGGUGGUAACGGUGGGACGAUAGUUGAUUCGGGGUCGACGUUCGUGUACAUGAACAAGGCCGUGUUUGAGGCCGUGUACGGCGCGUUCUCCAAGCAGGUGAAGGGGUACAAGAGGGCGGCCGAGGUGGAGGGCGCGACGGGGCUGAGGCCGUGCUUCGACAUCACGGGGCACAAGGAUUUGAAGAUGCCUGAAAUGGAGCUGCAUUUCAAGGGUGGGGCAGAGAUGGUGUUGCCACUUGAGAAUUACUUCUUUGUGGUGGAUGAUGGCGAGAGGUCUGUCAUGUGCCUGACCGUGGUUACCGACGAUACAUUGCUCGGGCCGGAUCUCGUGGGCGGGCCCUCGGUGAUCCUAGGAAACUUUUUGAUGCAGAACUUUCAUGUUGAGUAUGACCUGAGGAAUGAGAGGUUUGGGUUCAAACAGCACUCAUGUUCAUGAGAUACUAGGAAGAUUUAUAUCAGACAUUGUGGUUUUAUAAAUUAUACCAUAUGUAGGAAUAAUUUGUGUAACAAAUUUAUAUCACAUUAAUUGUUUUAUAUCCAAUGAAAGCAUAAUUCAACCUA